AUGUCUAAUGUUUUAAAAUCUUAUAAUACUCCUGAUAUCUCAUCGAUUAUUCGAAGUUUGUUCAAAUGCCUUCAUUUAAUUAUGCGAAUUCUUCCAGUAGACCAAAAAAUCGAUUACUUUUGUAACCGGUUGUGUGGUGGUCUUGAUUCUGUCAACGAUACUUCUGCUUCGGCUAUUUUAUGGAUUCCAAAGCUAAUUGAACUUUCGAUCCCUUUUCUCAGGGAUGACAAUCGUGAUGUGCGUCGUCAUGUGUCUUUGACAGUGAUGAAACUACUCACUAUUAUCUCAACUGCAUUUGAACGAGCACCUACUAUUUCUCGAAAGCGUGAGCAAACAAGUCUGACCACUAGACUACUGAGCGUGUAUGGUCAAAAUACGCGUGUAUCAUUGGCAUUCCCAAAAUCUGGACCACGUCAACUGGUUCAUCCAGGCAAUCAUCACAAUACAUCAAUGUUGGUCAAAGACCAACCUGAAGCUACUCACCAGACUUUCUCUACUUUGCCGUAUUCAGCAAGUAGUCACCAUGAGGAACUGCAAGCUGAUUACAGCGCAAUGCCAGAGGUCGAGCCCGCCAAGCUUAAUGGCAAUGAUUUAACACGGGAUCUUCUUGGAAAAGUAAUGGUUGCAACAUCGUUGGACGAAACUUUGAAUCCCUCAUCCGAAACUUCUGCUUUGGCAGAAAACACUUUUAAAAGCGAAGAUGGUUGGAACUCAGAUUGGGGAGAAGAGUUGGAUAAUGGAUUAUCAGCUACUUCUAACCCAGUGACUGAGGACAUACAAAUUCAAUUGACUGAAGGCAUGCAAGCUCAAUCGACUGAAAAAGCAACACCUUUUGUAAACAGCAAUGAUGUAGGCUUUCCUAUUGCAUCUGUCACAAAUGAAUCCAACCCAAAGCUGCUUAGUGUCAAACCUAAUUUAGAUAUCCCUAUUGCAGCGGAUAACUCUCAAUCUAGCAUGAGUACCAGCAUUGCUUCACCAGUGCUGUCAGCGAUAUCUACUAACUCUAUACACGCAUUGCCUUGCGAUACCAUGCAAACAAAUGAGUCUGCUACAAAUGUUUCUCGUGGUAAAUUUUUCAAACGAGACCAAAUUAAACAGAAGCGCCAGGAGAAACUAGCAGAAAACAUUUAUCGCCAAUCCACCUCACCCACUUUGAAUGUCCAACCAAACCCAUUGGAUCAAGUAGGAAAAUCUCUUUUUUCCAGUACCGCAUCUAAAGCAGCAACAGUUUAUGUUCCUGUUGUGGUAGAAAAGCCAGUCGAGGUAGAUUAUUUCAAAGACAUGGCUCCUGUACAUGUUCGUAAACAAAGCAUCCUUGCUGCUGCUGCUGCUACUGUUUUUCCAAUGGCAAAACGUACAUCAGACUCUGCACAUUCAGAUUCAGUCAGUCAGUCUAAUUUUCCAAGCGAUCCUGUACCCAGCAAUCGUAUGGCAUUUCAUGGAUCAAAUGCAGAUUUUAAUGAACCGUCACUUGGAUGGGGUGAAGAAUUUGACGAGGAUAUUGAUUUGAAUGAUAUUCGACUUUAA